AUGAAAGACAACACGAAAAAUGAGUACGGAACUUUUCCGAUAAUGAUCAACGAAGGGCACUCGGACCAAGUGGGCGAGAAGAAGUUCCUAAGUGGAGGCAUCUACCAUUCCAUUCUGGAGAAAGCCAAGUUGUUGUGCCUCUUCCUGACAUGGUACGCCCUAAAUAUAUUAUACAACGUUGACAACAAAAUAGCCCUGAACAUGACAAAGCUACCUUGGUUUAUCAGCUCCGUUCAGUUAUUCACAGGAUGGGUUUUUAUUUCCAUCUACUGGUUAACUGGCUAUAAGAAGAUUCCAAGAAUAUAUACGUUGGAUUUAUUUUUAAAGAAUAUAGGGAUCCAGAGUUUUUGUCACAUUAUGGUUCACUUCGGAGCUGUGGUUUCCAUGUCAUGCACAACGGUAUCCUUCACUCAUGUGGUGAAAGCAUGUGAACCCGUUUUUACAGCCCUACUCUCCAUCCUCUUACUAAAACAGUACAUGAAGAUAAGUAAAUACUUAACGCUAUUGAUCAUUGUCGGGGGAGUUAUCUGUGCCUCUGUGAAGGAGAUCCAUUUCACAUGGCUGUCCUUCUGGUGUGCUACGAUCUCGAACCUUGGAUCUUCCUUGAGAUCUAUUUGUGCCAAGAAGAUGAUGACACAGAAAUCGUUAAUUGGAGAAAAUCUGAGCGCUUCAAAUAUCUAUUCUAUGAUAACCAUAUGUUCAGCUCUCAUGUCUCUACCCCUAGUGAUAAUUUUCGAGGGGAAAUCCGCAUACAACUUCGUUACAAAUUAUCAGAGUAGCGCACAAAGUAACCACACAUACGGAGAGAUAAUUACAAAAAUUUUUCUGAGUGGUAUUUGGUACUACCUUAACAAUGAAGUUGCGUUUAUGUGUCUUGAGAAAGUCAACCAAGUCACUCACGCUGUGGCCAAUUGUAUUAAGCGUGUCGUGAUUAUCGUGUCGUCUAUCAUUAUUUUCCAGACUCAGAUUACCUUACUCGGCGCUCUCGGCUCUGCCGUCGCCAUCACGGGUGCCUUCCUCUACUCCGUCAUUUGA